AUGGUAAAGGCUCAGGAUUGGUUAGAUCAAACUUAUCCAAAAGAAGGUCGAAAUGAGAUUAUAUUAAUAGAGAAUGAUGAUACUAAAAAAUUAUGUGGAAAAUUAAUAUUGGACGAUUUUUUUAAACUUGUAGAAUUGGAUUUGUCUCAUCAUAACAUAACUAAAUUAGAUGUAAGCGAUUGUUAUGACUUAGAAAAAAUAAUUUUUGCGCAUAAUAGUCUUACUAGAUUAUUAAAUUAUCCCAGAGAUUUUGUCAAUCCUGAAAAAUUAAAUUAUUUAAAUAUAAUGAAUAAUAAUAUCACUAAAAUUGAUUUAGGCUUCUUCAACAGAUUUAUCAAUUUAGAAACUUUAUUUAUAGGAACUGAUGAUAGAGAAAAAAUAGAGCAAGGUUUUUAUAAUCGUUUUUAUGGUCAUCUAAGAUCUAUAAAGAAUUUGACUAAAUUAGAGGCUCUGGACAUUUGUAGCACUGAUGUUAGUAAAGGCUUAAUUCACUUACCGGAUAGUUUAAAAGAAUUUUUUUAUGAGGUUUAUCGCCCUGAAGCCAAGGUAGCGAAAAUCAAAAGGAAACUUGAGCCAUUUGAAGGGAAUGUUAAGAAAUAUAAGGAAGAUAAAUUAAGAAAAGGUUCAAAUAAAAAAUUAGCAGAACAUAUUGAGUUAGAAGAAGUUCAGGAACAAACGGUGGAAAUUAAAAAUUUGUUAAUAGUAGGACGCACUGGUAAUGGUAAAUCUGCACUUGCGAAUGUAGUGAGUGGCUCAAAUAGGUUUAAAGAAAGUGACAAAUCAGUUAGUGAGACUAGAUACUUCCUAGACGAAAUAUUUACACAUAAUGGAGAAAUAUAUCGAGUAGUUGAUACAAUAGGAAUGGGAGACACUAGAUUAUCUAAAAAUCAAGUCUUACUAAGAAAAGCUGAAGCCGUCUAUACUAUGAAAGAAGGAAUAAAUCAAAUUUUGUUUGUUGUAGGAAGAAGAUUCACUAAAGAAGAAAUAGAAGCUUUUGAGCUACUGAAAAAAGUUAUUUUCGAAAGUAAUAUCAUCAAGCAUACUACUAUAAUAAGAACUAAUUUUACUAAUUUCAGAAAUCCUGAUAAAUGUAAAGUUGAUCGUCAAGAAUUAGUUGAAGAAAAUAAAUUUCUUGCUGAAAUAAUAAAUUCAUGCAAUGGAAUUAUUUACGUUGAUAAUCCUCCCAUUGAAAUUGAGUGUGAACGACGGUUGCUUUUGAACAAAGAAGAUAGAGAAAUUUCAAGACAUAGGAUACUAACUCAUUUAGAGGGUUUUCAAGGAAACUACAAACCAUAUUUGAAAACUUGGGAUCAGCUUUAUCUAAAGAUUCGUAACUACAUGAAAAUAAAACAUGAUCUAGAAGAAGCAUUACAAAGCUCAAAUAUUUCUUCUGAGGAGAUCAAUAAGUUAAAAGCAAAAAUAGAAAAAUUAGAAGCGAAAGUUGUUGGAGUAACAGAACUACGGUGUGAUGUAGAAAUACCUUUUUUCGCUAAAAUAAAA